ACUGCAGUGCAGACUUGUGUGAUGAUCAUAUGAGUGCCUGAGAUUCAACAUGUUUCAUCUGCUGUUCUUUUAUCUGUUUACUGUGUCAGAUGUUUUCGCCGGACGUUUUUUUAAUGAGAAUGAGCCCUGCUACAAACCCCAGCCGAGAAGAGACCUACAAGGAGUCAAGACUGGGUCACGUCCUUAUGAAUCUAUGAAUUUAAAAGACCUUCCCAAAGUGUGGGACUGGAGAAACAUCAACGGUGUCAACUACGUCAGCACCACACGCAACCAACACAUACCAAAAUACUGUGGCUCCUGCUGGGCGCAUGGAAGUACUAGUGCUUUGGCAGAUCGUAUCAACAUCAAGCGGAAAGCAGCAUGGCCGUCUGCCUAUCUCUCUGUCCAGAACGUGAUUGACUGUAGCGACGCAGGUACCUGCCAUGGUGGAGAUCAUUCUGGUGUUUGGAAAUAUGCACACAUAAAAGGCAUUCCUGAUGAAACAUGCAACAACUAUCAAGCCAUAGAUCAGGACUGUAGCUACUUCAAUCAGUGUGGAACCUGCACAACCUUUGGCAAGUGUAACGAAGUAAAGAACUUCACUCUCUGGAAAGUCGGAGACUACAACUCAGUUACAGGGCUGGACCAUAUAAAAGCUGAGAUCUAUUCUGGAGGACCCAUCAGUUGUGGGAUCAUGGCAACAGCCAAGCUGGAUGCGUAUACAGGUGGUUUGUACUCUGAGUACGUACAGACUAUCGAAAUAAACCACAUUGUAUCUGUAGCCGGUUGGGGUGUUGAUGAGAAUGGAGUAGAGUACUGGGUUGUCCGUAAUUCUUGGGGAGAGCCUUGGGGAGAAAAAGGCUGGCUCAGAAUAGUAACCAGUGCAUACAAGGAGGGUAGUGGGGACGAGUACAACCUCGGCAUCGAACUUGACUGCAUGUAUGGAGACCCCAUCCUACCCCCAAUCUACCUGUAGAUGGCUGUGACAUUCUUCACAGAGAAAACACAUUAGAUUAGAUUGUCAAACCAUGUCAACACGUGCAGCCAUGGAUUGUUUUUCAAUCACACUCUUCAAUAAAAGUUCUACUUUGUGUCAUUUUAUCAUGGGUAUUUUGGGAUUUUGCUUUUAGUUUAAACUGAGUGGAAUGAUACAUUAAAGUUAAUUACCAACAUUUAAA